AUGGGCGACGUCGCCGCCGCAUGGACCCCCUCAGGAGACACCGCCGGCGCCGCCGCCGGCUUGGACGCGGCGACUGUCACUGCAGCGCCUGGCGCGCGCGGCUCCGCCCCUCUGCUGCGGGGGGCCCACCGCCGCGCGUGCGGCCGCCAGUCAGACGCCCUGCACCCCGGGGUGGUCGCGGCCGCGGAGGCGUUCGCCGUCGGCGCCCAGCGCCGGCUGCUGUCAACGCUGCCGGCUGCGGCGGCGGGGCGGGUCAGGGUGCUGGCCAGCCUCCACACCGAUGUCGAGGCCCUGAUCUACAACCAGCCCCUGAUAGAGUUGCAGGAGGACGACGCCCUGGUGCUCCUGGUCCACGUCUACCUGCACUGGCGGGCCGACCGCUUCGACCCGGGCUCCCCCGACGCGCACCUGGCGGCGCUGCAGGCGGCCGCCCCAGAGUACUGGCUCAAGCUCAAGAGGCCGCAGGCCGUGGCGGAGGCCCUUGGCCUGCCCGGCGCCUUCCCCGACGGCGUCACGCCCUCAGCCCUUCAGUCCUCGACGCUGGCCGUCGCCCUCGCCGCCGCGCCGCCGGCCGCCGCGGCGCGGUACCGGGCGCGGGGGCGGGCCCUGGAGGUCGCAGACGCGAAUUUAUGGCCGGGCAUGAAUGCGGAGGCUUUCUUUAAGGAGGCAGAGAUGAGGUUCCUGGAUCCUGCGACAGCUGGCAACGACGCCGCCGUCCGCCCCGGGCCGCAUCAGUGCAGCGCCGACGGCGCCGGCGAGGCCGGUGGAAGCAGCCAGCAGUCCUGGUCGGAGGGCUGCGUCAUGAGCCACUCCUCCGGCGGCUACGGCGAGAACCUGGCUCAGGGCUACCGCGACCCUGUCACCGCUAUCCAGGCGUGGUACGACGAAAUUCGUUCCUACAACUUUGCGAGCGGCUCUUACUCUUCUGCAACGGGUCACUUCACCCAGGUCGUCUGGAAGGGCUCUUCCCAGCUGGGCUGUGGGUUCGCUCCAAACUGCGGCAGCGGCGCACUUCUGACCUGCCGCUACUCGCCCGCCGGCAACGUGAUGGGCGCGUUCCAGCAGAACGUGGCACCCCCGCAGUGA